AUGGAUGCUCACUUCGACGAAGCCUGGUGUCCAGUCUGUGACAGGCAAAUCAUGCCUAAGCGAUAUACAGUACCCGUCCUCCCACAAACUCAAGAACUCACACCUGUCCCCACGCCAUCUCCAGCUUCCUCAUCUCCGUCGAAAAAUCAACAGAGUGACUCUACUGCCCGCACUUCCAAAACGAAAUCGGGCGCCGUUCGCGCAAAGAAUGGCCUUUUGCAAGGCACCGGUCGCGUCAAACCUAAUGGUGCAAUAAAGCGAUCCGACUCAGCAACAGUGGCAAACAAAGGGCGUGCCUCGUCCCCUCAGCCUCAACAACCCGUCGCACCUGUCAAGCACCGCACGAUCAUUGACCAGGGUCCAAUUCCUCUAUACUGCUCGGAUGAGUGUCGUCUCCAAGACUUGGCAAGACUAAAUGGCGCUUACCCACUCGAUUACCACCCUGAUCGCUCAUCACCACCUCUUCCUCGUGUACCUCAUAAUUCUUUCGAGAGGCGAUAUUGCGAAUCAGAAGACGAAUCCACCAGUGCUUCCGGAUCGUCACUUGAUUCAGGGUUUUCAUCUUCCCCACCAUUGGUCACCGUCUCUCGCAGUAUGGCUACCCUCGCUGCCUUGUACGAUUUCCCUCCCUUACCUCCUGCACCGCCUAUCUUGUCGCCGGUCGAUACCACGUCUUCGUCGGAGCUCGAGUAUCACAAUGAUUACCAGGGGGGGACAAUGAUGGCAAGCAAGCGUAUCAAGGAUGUAUUAUGCCCACCACGCCCAAAACCUUCGCUGUUUUACGGCGAACCGGUUCAACCUAGAAAAACAGUUCCUGGUUGGACCGACGGUGGCAAUGAGUGGCGCCAGUCAGUGUAUGGUGGAUACUCCAAACACUCGGACACUGCAUCGGUUGGGUCUCAGAAACCCCAGACCUCAUUUGCAGCAUCAUCACAUCGUGGUGUUCAAUGGACUUCGACACUUUCCCAGUCAAACUCAUCUGGUGCUCUUGCCGCGCAGUGUCCUACCUCCAACCUACCUCCUCGUUCGAGUCAGUCGUACAGCGAAGAGUUGUACACUAAAUAUUCCCUUCCCCUUUCUCGCCGAUCAGAGUCACGGAUGUCACUUUUCCCCCACUCGGCGUCUUCCUCCGCACAAUCUCCUCCGCUAUCUCCUACUUCCACAUCUUCGUCCGGUCGUCGUCGUCGUGAAGUCCCUCUACUCAAACGAGGCGCGGAAGGUCGUUUACUCGUUCCUGACGUUAUACUUACUCGAAACAACUCGAGCAUGGGUCUGUUGUCGCAGCGUCUUGCGAAACCUUUGAAGCGACACCCCAGCGAAGUUAGUGAAGACAGUAUCUUGAGUGAUACCACAUCUGAAUCGCUUGGUUCCUCGUCCCGACCUGCACCACAAACUCGCACAUGGUCAUACGAUAACAUAAAGACUUACCCUGUGAUGAUGCCUCCUGCAAAGAAGGAGAAACGCAUCGAGCAUCGCAUGGUUGAUGGCGAAGUCAAGGAGGUCGAAGUCGAGGUGGAAGUUCUCCAACCCUUGAAGCGCCUCUUCCUGUUCCCUGGCAAGGAAGCAAUCCAUACAGGACGAUCCUAA